UGAGACUCUGCAGUUCUGAAACACUCUGGACAAACACUUUAACCAACGUUUGACUGUCAGUGCACCUGUCUGUCUGUCUGACCUGAUCACCUGUCUGUCUGACUGUCUGUCUGUCUGCACUGACCACCACACUGGACGUACGACAGGAUAAAAGAAGCAGUCUGAGAAUGUUUCUGCGCCGUUGGAUGAACUGAAGCUGUGUUUUUUUACUCUCCUGUCAGCUGAUGUUUGACUCUCAGAUCGUCUCCGUUCCUCCUUGUUGAGUUCAGGUUGAAGGAAAAGAGAUUUAACGGGAUUCACUCUGGAGGUCACAACAACUUACAGACUCCAUUCAGAACAGGCUUGUUGGCUGUUAACGUUUAAAUUAAUUUCCCUGGAUUCUUCACAGCUGGGACACAUCACGCGACACCGUUCCGUAGCUGAUGCCUCGAUUCACCUGAAAAUGUUGACUUAAAAAUCUUUGUACUUUAUCAUUUUUUCACGUCAUUACUUCAGUCAAAUCUUUUUUAAUUCGUAGUUGGUUUAAUAUACUAACAUAUUUGAACUGACCACAGGCCAUUUUGUCUUCAUUUAUUUUAUUGAUUCUUAUCUUUUGUUUAGUUUGAUCAAUGUUACAUCAAACAGCAGCAGCUGUGGCCGUUGUUACGAUGCUGAUGAUGAAACAGAGAAGAGUCAUAUCGUCGGCAAACUGAAGUUUUUUAGUGACGAACACGUUAGCUAACAUUAGCUUCCUUAGCUACACAGACAAACCUCUGCCUGUAUUAAACUGAGUAUUAUUGUAUGUUACUGCUCAUGAAUCAAACUUCUAUUGUGUAAAUGGAGGACGGUGGUAUUUCCUCCGUAGGGUCGUUUUAAGGCGUUUGUUUUUAUAUCAGUGUUUGUUGCGAAUGAACUGAUUUGAUGGCGAUGAAACGUCUGAGCAGCCUGAUGCUGAAGAAGUGGAAGGAGAAGGAAAGAUGGACAGGGAGGAGGAGGAGUGAGCCGUAUGGAGGAGGAGAGGAAGAAGAGGAGGAGGAGGAGGCAGACAGGAGAGACAGACAGACACACAAAAUGAUGCUGAGGAGGAAGUCUGAACCGUGUGGACAGACGGACAGAGAGUUAAAGAUGGAGGACAAGAAGAGCGAGAGCGGCAGCAAGAAAGAACACAGGAAGUCUGAAUCCAACAUGGAGGAGGAGGACAGGAAAGACAGGAAGAGGACAGAGACAGGCAGGAACAAAGACAGGAGAAAGUCUGCAUCGUGGAUUAUGGCGGAGGACAGAGCAGCAGGACAGACAGGCAAAAGGCAGAGGGAGACAGACAGAUGUAGGAUGCGACGGCGGUCGGAGCCCUGCGGGAUCCUGUACGUCCAACUGCUUCCUCUGUCCAACAGGAAGAGGAGGGAGCUGCUGCAGAGACGGACAGGACGCAGGACAUCCUUCAGCGAGGAGGGGGAUGGACGGAAAGACAGGACGCAGGGCCACGAGUUCGGACAGAUGACCAGAGGAAGGUCGGAACCCGUCGGCCCUCUGGACAAGACCCACAGCCUCUCCUCCCCUCCCUCUCAGCCUCCAUCUCUCCCCCGUCAGGAGGAGGUGAGUGUUUUCCGUCUGGAGACGUACCUGACGGAGCCGAGGCGUCCAGAGACCAGGAGACUGCGCUCCUUCUCCUCCCCUCCUGACACUGGACAGCACUCCUCCUCCUUCUCCUCCAGCUUCAAGCCACCUCCUCUGGCUCCUCCUCUUCCUGUCGGGAGGCUGGUGGAGGUUGCAGACGGCAUGUCGGAGCAGCCGGACCCCGAUGAUGCUGCGUCAGUGGAGUCAGAGAGAGACAUCUACAUGCGCUUCAUGAAGUGUCACAAGUGUUACGACAUCAUCCCCACCAGCUCCAAACUGGUGGUGUUUGACACCACACUGCAGGUGAAGAAGGCGUUCUUUGCUCUUGUGGCAAACGGAGUGAGAGCUGCUCCUCUGUGGGAGAGCAAGAAGCAGAGCUUUGUGGGAAUGUUGACCAUCACAGACUUCAUCAACAUCCUGACCAGAUACUAUAAAUCCCCCAUGGUUCAGAUCUACGAGCUGGAGGAACAUAAGAUCGAGACGUGGAGAGAGCUGUACCUGCAGGAGACCUUCAAACCUCUGGUCCACAUCUCACCUGACGCCAGUAUAUUUGAAGCAGUGUACUCGCUGAUCAAGAAUAAGAUCCACCGUCUUCCUGUCAUCGAUCCGGUCAGCGGGAACGCUCUCUACAUCCUGACUCACAAGAGGAUCCUCAAGUUCCUGCAGCUCUUUGUGUGUGAGAUGCCCAUGCCGGCCUUCAUGAAGCAGUCUCUGGAGGAGCUGGCCGUGGGGACGUACGCCAACAUCGCCUACAUCCACCCGGACACGCCGCUCAUCACCGCGCUGUCUGUCUUCACACACCGCCGCGUCUCCGCCCUCCCCGUCGUCGACCAUAACGGUAGAGUGGUGGACAUCUACUCCAAGUUUGACGUGAUUAACCUGGCGGCAGAGAAGACGUACAACAACCUGGAUGUGACGGUCACUCAGGCUCUCAGACACAGAUCCCAGUAUUUUGAAGGAGUCAUGAAGUGCAACAAACUGGAAACACUGGAGACCAUCGUGGACCGUAUCGUGAAGGCAGAGGUUCACAGGCUGGUUGUUGUUGAUGAAGAGUCUCGUAUCGUCGGCAUUGUCUCUCUCUCUGACAUCCUGCAGGCGCUGGUCCUGACCCCCGCAGGUCUAGGGAGGAAGGAGUCUCUCCCAUCUCAGCCAACAGGUUUGGACUCAACAGAACCAGAGACAGGAUGUCAACCUGGACUAGACCAGGACCAGGACCAGGACCAGGGACUGGAGACAAUGACAGAGACAGAAUAUAAACCUGAACGAGAUCAAGACCAGGAGCAGGAGCUGGGUAAAGAAAGAGAAACAGAGACAGGCUGCGAGGACGCUGAUGCUACUGAGACCUGCCAGCAGGGGGAGACAGAGAGACACUCAGAGGGGGAGACAGAGAGAGAGGGAGAUAAACAAAUGAGACAGACAGAAGGUGGAGAAACACUAGAGACAGAGAGACAGACAGAGGGGGAGGCAGAUGGGGACACAGAGAGACAGACAGAGGAGGAGGCAGAGAGAAGGACAGAGGAGGAGGCAGAUGGGGACACAGAGAGACAGACAGAGGAGGAGGCAGAUGGGGACACAGAGAGACAGACAGAGGGGGAGACAGAGAGACAGACAGAGGAGGCGGAUGGGGACACAGAGGGGGAGACAGAGAGACAGACAGAGGGGGAGGCAGUUGGGGACACAGAGAGACAGACAGAGGAGGAGGCAGUUGGGGACACGAAGAGACAGACAGAGGGGGAGGCAGAUGGGGACACAGAGGGGGAGACAGAGAGACAGACAGAGGGGGAGGCAGAUGGGGACACAGAGGGGGAGACAGAGAGACAGACAGAGGGGGAGGCAGUUGGGGACACAGAGAGACAGACAGAGGGGGAGGCAGUUGGGGACACAGAGAGACAGACGGAGGAGGAGGCAGAUGGGGACACGAAGAGACAGACAGAGGGGGAGGCAGUUGGGGACACAGAGAGACAGACGGAGGAGGAGGCAGAUGGGGACACGAAGAGACAGACAGAGGGGGAGGCAGUUGGGGACACAGAGAGACAGACGGAGGAGGCAGCAGUGACAGAGAGAGACAGCGGAGAGGAAGGAGGAAAGGAGGAGGCCAGUGAAGGAGAAACCCGGGAGGCGGGGGAGAUGAAGGAGGGGGAGGAAGAAGAGACAGUGGGUGAGGAAGAGGAGACUAGUGGUGGAGGGGAGGAGGUGAAGGAGGGAGGAGCAGAGAAGGGGACAAGAGGAGAAGGGGAGGAGGAGGAGGCAGCGUGACAUCAUCAUCGGAGUCAAGCCACUCACCACAGGAGAAGAAGAGGGACAGGAAGGGGCGGGGUCAAGGAAGAGCGCUGUCAAAAGGCUGACGUGUGAUUGGCCGGGAGGCGCUGAGAGUUUGUUUUUCAUUGCCUGUUUGUUGAAGGGCGAGGAGGCACUGCAGAGCUGUGAUUGGACAGUUGCUGUGGAGGUGGGCGGGACAUGUGCUGGAGCCAAUCAGGGAUCUUUUAUUGUUUCACCUUUCAUCACAGAGCAGUAGAGGGUAAGGAGCUCCUGGACCUCACUGUUUGAGUUAGCUGCUAACAGCUGCUGUUCUUCUUUGAGUUAGCUGCUAACUGCUAACAGCUACUCUACUUCUUCUUUGAGUUAGCUGCUAACUGCUAACAGCUGCUUUUCUUCUUUGAGUGAGCUACCAACUGCUAACAGUUACUGUUCUUCUUUGAGUUAGCUGCUAACUGCUAACAGCUACUGUUCUUCUUCUUUGAGUUAGCUGCUAACAGCUGCUGUUCUUCUUUGAGUUAGCUGCUAACUGCUAGCAGCUGCUGUGCUUCUUUUUUGAGUUAGCUGCUAACUGCUAGCAGCUGCUGUUCUUCUUUGAGUUAGCUGCUAACAGCUAACUCAAGCUACCUUUUUAAAACUCCCGCGGUGGGUCGCACACAUAACAUGUCAUCAGAACAUCACACCCGAGACCAUGGAUGUCCUCCGUCCUGCUGGCUGUCCCUUUUGAACAGACAUCAGUUCAGCGCUGUUAGUAGCUCUGCUCCCAGAUUAAAGUCGGGACAGCUCUGCCCCCCCGCUCUGUGAUCGUACCUUUAAUGCAGAACAGUGAGGAGGCCAAACUGAGCAAUAUUCCCGCCUGGAACAGGAAGUGUAAAAGGGGCUUUAGUAACAUCCUUCCAGGUGUAAGACAGAAACAGCAGAGGUGAAGAUAUCCUGAGUUUAAGUCUGUCUACAUUUCCCAUGAUGCCCCUGGAUACUGGCUUUCAGUACAUUAACCUCUGCCUCACCUCGUGUGUUCAAUCCAGCUGACGCCGCAGUGAUGGACAACAACACACCAUCAGUGUUGGGCUUGUUAAUUAAAUGAUGUCAUUUAUUACUCAUCACUGGUUCUAUUGAAAAGUAAUAUUUCUUCCUCCUCCCUGCCAACAGUAAUUCGUUAAACGACUCGUUAGAUUUAUUUUUCCUUACACUUCACAAAAUUGGUAAUUACUUACUUUCUCCUCUAAAUUCAAAGUCUUGUGCGACUAUAACGAAAACGAGUCCGGGGAUGAGAUUGAUUGUUGGAUUUCAAAUCAGCAGGAGGAUGACGGCAAAAGUAGCAGUCGAUAGUGUGACUGUAAUAUUUUUACUGAAGUGUAAUCAGUAAUGAAAUAUAUAAUAUUAUCACAUCACUGCCCAACACUGCACAUCAGUCCGGUGACAGGUUCACCUGUUCAUUGUUUCAUGAACAGUUUAAAUCAGCUGCUGCUUCACAGUAAAAUCCUCAACUGGACAAACACAGAGUGACUUUUAUUGAGAGGCAGCCAAAGGAAAUGUCACGUAACACCUGAGGAUUGUGUGCAUGACGCCAUGAGGCUGUGCGGCGUCGUGCUGCCUGCGGCCUGGAGAAUGAACCCCUGCUGUUAGCAGCAGUAACCACCAGGUGGCACCCAGUCAGAGCUCAGAGCCAUGGAACUGUACAUGUCAUGUGAAAACAUUAUUUAUGACAGAAACCAUCACUUCAUAUUUAAACGGCUGCAGUGAUGAUUUGACCAUCAUGACGACCGCUUUUCUGAUGUCACAAAGGGGCGGGUCCAUCACGUCAUCAUGGUGCCUAUCAUUGUAGCUGCAGGUUCUGAUUGGUUGAGACAGAGAUUUAAAUCAGUAAAUCAUUAUUAAUAAUAGUUUUUAUUCCAGAUAUCACUGAGACACUAUUUAUCUGCUAUUUAUCACAUACGAUAAUGUUAAUGUUACUCACUGCAUAUGUAAAGAUUGUAUGGAUAUUAUUUUAUAGAGAUACCAAACGAAAGUCUGUUUGUUAUUUUGGUGUCAAAUUUUAAAUCAAUCUGUACAAAAAUAGAUUUUAUUGUUAAAUUAAUGGAUUUAUAGUUUCUAGGUGUGUCCUUCAAAAUACGGGAACAGCCGUGCUUGCUUUUUAAAAGGUUUCUUUGAAUGUUGUUAUCUCGAGAUCUCAAGUUGAUUAUUUCGUUGUGUCCGAUUAUUGCAGUCAGAAAUGUCACUGUGUCGUUCUGUUAGAGGACGAAGCCUUCCUUUGUUUGGGCUGUUAAUUUAUACUCCUCAAUGAGGCUGGAAAAUCUAUUGGAUAAGAUCAAAGUCUGAACUAUGAAACUUGGGAAUGAGCCAAACGUCCCAUAUUCAUCUGUUGCAUCUGCUGUUGAGAGGGACAGUGUCAUUCUCUGAGUUUUAUCUGCAACUUUUUCUCUCAGAAAUUUACGAGUUUAAUCUCAAAAUAUUACGACUUUGUUCUAAUGAAUUUAAAACAAAAAUAAUUUUCUCGUGAAACAACAUAAAUUAAACAGAAACAGAGCUGUGUUAUCUGAAGAUAAUGAAAUUAUUCACUCACCAUCUCAAGAUAACAGCGUUGAAAGAAACUGCAAGCUCGGUCUCUGUGGUGUUCAGAGAGUUUGUAAUUCACAGUGGGACUGUAGGGGGCGCUCACACAGGGCAGUUUGGACCAGCCAUGAUGAUUGAUCUGAACCAGUCAAGUUUCAGAGCUGCGUGAGACUGAACAUUUUUAAAAGAUGUGUGUCGGCUGUUUUUAGGUGGAAUGAACCUUUAAUGAAUGAAGAGAAGAUGGUCGCCCAGCUGUCCGUCAGUGUUUCCAAACUGAACCCUGUGAACUUUAAGUCAGCUGAUUGUUUCAGGUGACAUGAAAAGGCGUGGGUUUUUAUAAAUGUUCUGUACAUGUUGAUGUUGUUAAA